UGUGUGUGUGCAGUGGACACACAAUGUCCGGCUCUCGCCAGAAGCGGCCCGUGCCCCCGUUCUCCACGGAGUCCCUGCAGCGCAACACGCGCGUCCUGGGCCCACCCAAGACGCCCCAGAGACGCUACUUCCUGCAGCCGCGCGCCACGUCCUUCCGGAUGUACUACGACCGCGGCGAUCUGCCCAUCAAGAUGGACUACCUGAUCGGCGGCUUCAAGAUCGCGUGGACGGUGGACAUCGACAAGCUGGACUACGGCCUCUACCUGCCGCUCUUCUUCGACGGACUCAGCGAGACGCAGCAUCCCUACAAGACGUACGCCCGCCAGGGCGUCCAGGACCUCUUGGCGCACGGCGGCGACAAGAUCUACCCCGUCAUUCCGCAGCUCAUCAUCCCCAUCAAGAACGCUCUGAAUACGCGCAACAACGAGACGAUGUGCGUGACUCUGAAGAUCAUCCAGCAGCUCGUGAUGUCGUCCGAUCUCGUGGGCCCGGCGCUGGUGCCCUUCUAUCGCCAGCUGCUGCCCAUGUUCAACGCCUACAAAGUGAAGAACCUGAAUUGCGGCGACAGCAUCGAUUACGCCCAGAAGAACAACAUGAAUCUGGGCGACCUGAUCGACGAGACUCUGCAAGUGCUGGAGCGCCACGGCGGCGAGGACGCCUUCAUCAACAUCAAGUACAUGGUGCCGACCUACGAGUCCUGCUACAUCAACUGAGAGACGCCAUUGUUAAGUUUCCAUCGCCUUUUCCUCCGCCGCCGCGGCGCGAGAGACAAGAAAAGCAAAGUGUGAUUGAGAGUAAAACAAAAAAAGACUUUUUCUCAU